AUCAAAAAAACAAAAUCACAUCAACCCUAAUCAGACACCAAAAUGAGAACUUCAAUCUUAGCAAUAGCUUCAUUGCUUUCAAUAUUCCUCCUACUAUCUAUUCCAUGUGCAACUUCUUCUAAUGAUUCAGUUCAUGAGGCCUUCCUCCAAUGCCUUUACGACCAAUCUCAACCCUCCAACCCUAUCUCUGCAGUACUCUACACACCAAACAACUCCUCAUUCUCAUCUGUUUUACAAUCUUACAUACGAAACCUCAGAUUCAAUGAGACCACAACCCCUAAACCAUUGCUCAUUCUCACAGCCUUGGAUGUGUCUCACAUCCAAGCAGCCAUUGUGUGCGCCAAAACCCAUGGCCUGCAGAUGAAAGUCCGAAGCGGAGGCCAUGACUACGAGGGCGUGUCGUACUGGUCUGACAGCCCCUUCUUCAUCCUUGACAUGUUCAAUCUCCGAUCUGUUAAUGUCAAUAUAAGCGAUGAGACUGCUUGGGUUCAAUCUGGUGCAACUCUAGGGGAAGUUUAUUAUGGUAUUGCUAAUAAAAGCAAUACCCAUGGCUUCCCUGCUGGGGUGUGUCCCACAGUCGGUGUUGGAGGCCAUCUGAGUGGAGGUGGCUAUGGUAAUAUGAUGAGGAAAUAUGGCCUCACUGUCGAUAACAUUGUCGAUGCUCAGAUAAUCGAUGUCAAUGGACGAGUUCUAGACCGAGCAGCAAUGGGAGAAGACUUGUUUUGGGCCAUCACAGGUGGUGGUGGAGUAAGUUUCGGGGUUGUUCUAGCAUACAAAAUCAAGCUAGUGGUUGUCCCAAGUAUAGUAACUGUGUUCACAGUGGAGAGGACUUAUGAACAACAUGCAACAGAUGUAGUCUACAGGUGGCAACAAGUUGCAGACAAAUUGGACAACCGCAUCUUCAUUAGAAUGAUCAUUGAUGUUGUGAACAGCACUACGAAAACCGGAGAGAAGACGAUAAGGGCUUCAUUCCUCUCCUUGUUUCUUGGAGACUCCAAAACACUGCUCUCUCUCAUGAACCAGAGCUUCCCUGAAUUGGGGUUGAACCAAACAGACUGCAUCGAAAUGAGUUGGGCGGAGUCGGUGCUGUACUGGACAGGCUUCGCCAGCGGAACACCGGUUGAUAUACUGCUCAGUAGAACUCCUCAAGUACUCACGCAUCUGAAGAGAAAGUCUGAUUAUUUGCAGCAACCAAUUCCAAAAGAUGGGUUGGAAUUCAUAUUUCAGAAGAUGAUCGAAUUGGAGAGGCCGGUUUUGACGUUCAAUCCGUAUGGAGGAAGGAUGAGUGAGAUUCCGGCGUCUGAAAAACCAUUCCCACAUCGAGCAGGGAACAUAGCAAAAAUACAGUAUGCUACGAAUUGGAAUGAAGAUGGAGUGGAGAUAGCCAAUCACUACGUAAACCUCACAAGAAAGCUUCAUGGUUACAUGACACCUUUUGUGUCCAAGUUUCCAAGGCAAGCAUUUCUUAAUUAUAGGGAUCUUGAUAUUGGUAUCAAUCACAAUGGUCCUAACAGUUUCUUGGAAGGAGCUGUUUAUGGGGUUAAAUAUUUCUUGGGUAAUUACAACAGGUUGGUGAAAGUGAAGACUAAGGUUGAUCCUGGUAAUUUCUUCAGAAAUGAACAAAGUAUCCCAGUUCUUCCUUCUAGGAGGAAGUAACUACAUAUAUAUAUAUAUAGCUUAUUUUAUUUGUGUCCUUGAUUGUUCUUUUCAUCUUCUCUCUUUUUUCUUUUUUUUUGAAAGGUAUUGCUUUUUAGAAAAAUAAGUUGAUGCUUUUUUAUUGUAUUUCAAAACAAAGCUUUGUUAUGUAUACGAAAUCUGAAAUUGAAUAAUGUUUAUUUUUUUUCUCUUCUUAUUA